AUGGCUUUUCAGGAUCUCUUGAAUCGAGUUGGAAAUAUGGGGAGAUUUCAGAUCCUUCAGAUAGCUUUCCUUCUGAUCUGCAAUGCCAUGUUGGCUCUUCAUAUUCUUUUGGAGAACUUCACUGCAGCCAUCCCUGGUCACCGCUGCUGGGUUCACGUCCUUGAUAAUGAUACUGCCUCUGAUAUUGACAGUGGGAUCCUGAGCCAAGAUGACCUCCUGAGGAUCUCCAUCCCACUGGACUCUAACUCCAGACCAGACAAGUGUCGUCGCUUUGUUCAACCACAGUGGCAUCUCCUUCAUUUGAAUGGCACGUUCUCCAAUGUGACAGAACCAGACACAGAGCCCUGUGAAGAUGGUUGGGUGUAUGAAAGAAGUACCUUCCUCUCCACCACUGUCACUGAGUGGGACCUGGUGUGUGGAUCUCAGGUACUGGGUUCAGUGUCUAAAUUUAUAUUCAUGAUUGGAAAUUUGAUAGGACCUUUCCUAGGUGGACACUUAUCAGACAGGUUUGGGAGGAGGUUAAUCUUCAUAUGCGCUUUACUGCUGAUGGCCAUCAGUGGAACCUGUGCAGCCGUGGCUCCCACCUUCUUCAUCUACUGCUUACUUCGCUUCCUAACAGGGCUUUGUGUCAUACCCAUACACACAAAUAGUGUUUUGCUCAUGAUAGAAUGGACAAGCCAUAAAUUCAAAGCCAUGGUCACAACACUGUCGAUGUGUGCUCAAUGUUUUGGACUCAUAGUAAUGUCAGGCCUGGCAUUUAUAUUUCGAAACUGGCACCACCUCCAGCUGGUAGUGUCUGUGCCAAUAUUUUUCCUCCUUAUACCCACAAGGUGGCUGCCUGAGUCAGCUCGGUGGCUGAUUGUGACCAACAAACCCCAGAAGGGCUUACAGGAACUUAGAAAAGUUGCAUGUAUGAAUGGAAUGAAGAAUUCUGGAGACACCUUAACCAUGGAGGUUGUGAGGACCACCAUGAAGGAAGAGCUGGAGGCAGCACAAAUAAAACCUGCUCUGUGUGACUUAUUCCGCACCCCUAACUUGCGAAAGCGUAUAUUUCUCCUGUGCCUUUUGAGAUUUACAACAGCGAUACCUGCAUUUGGAUUUACCAUCCAUCUCCAACACCUGAAAAGUAAUGUCUUCCUAAUGCAGUGUCUCAUUGCUGCAUCAGCCAUCCCAGCCUCUUUUGCUGCAAUGUUUUUGCUGAAUCACAUUGGCCGUAGAAUAAGCCAAUUCUUUUUAUCUUUCCUGUUGGGAAUCUCCAUGCUGGCCACAGUGUCUGCUCCUGAAGAAAUGCAGAUACUGUGUGGAGUUUUGAUAACACUGACUGGAGCAAAUAUUUAUGCAGUUAUUAUUGGUAAUACUCUACACGUAAAUGAGCUAAUCCCCACUGUGAUCAGGGCAAGAGCAUUAGGAGUCAUUGGAAUUGCUACUAAUGUGGGGGCAGCCCUGACUCCCCUCUUUAUGAUCCUUGCAAUCUACUCUGCCUUUCUACCCUGGAUCAUCUAUGCAGUCUUCUCCUUUCUUGGUUGCUUUAUCCCUCUUCUCCUUCCUGAGACCAAGAAUCAGCCUCUGCCUGAGUCCGUCCAAGAUGUGGAAAAUGAGUGGAAAGGUUCAAGACAAGCAAAGGAGGAAGGUGCCAUCAUCAAAGUGACAUCAUUUUAAGGAACUCUGGG